AUGAAUUGGUAUUGGUAUGAGCCUGGAGAAGACACAUACACACUUCUUGAUGCCAUUGAAGCUGAGACAUUGCGGGAAAUGGUCGUGCUUGAUCUAGGAACAUCCACUGGUGUAGUCGCCGAGAUGCUGAAGAAGCAAAACACCGUAAUAUCAACAGACACAAACAUCAAGGCACUUCUAAACCACAGCGGAGGCAAUUUGGUAAGGGCCGACCUGUUAUCUUGCAUCAAUCAGAGUGCUUUUGAUGCUGUUGUGUUCAAUCCUCCGUACGUUCCAGACUGUGAUGAUCCUGUGAUUGGAGGCGGGGCACUCGGCAGAUCUGUAAUCGACAGAUUCAUAGACUCUGUUUGCAUCCCAACAGUCUAUUUGCUUGUAAUAAAAGCAAACAAGCCACAAGAAGUCAUUUCGUCCAUGGAAGCUAGAGGAUACCAAACCAAAGUCAUCAAGAUAAGAAAGAUCGUUGGGGAAACAGUAUACAUAAUAAAAGGAGCUCAGCAUAUCAGCCAGGCCCAUGUACAGUAA